AUUCUGCACAUUUUCUCAUCGAUUAAACAUUCGAUCUCAAUAUAGUUUUCUGUUCGCAAACUAGAAUAUGUUAUGAACAGAAUGGACUACGUUAUGUAGACUGUACCCUUUUCAAACGUUUUUAAAAAUCGCGCUGUUUAGAAGGAGUACAGAGUAUAAUUGUGUUAUUGCACACGGGCAAUUCACAGAGUAGGCCUUCCGUAACGGAAAUAUGCAGAUACAUACUAGAACGCCUAUAGGAUAUCGCUAGCGGGUGCUUGGCUCUGCCCACCUCCUUGUUUGUUCUGCUCACUCUGACUCAUUUGUUUCCAUUGGAAACGACAUGUGGUGGUCUAUCUUGAUUAACUUCUAAAAAGUCUUUGGUUACACCUUUACUCGUCAUGCAAAUUAUUGUCUCUUGCUUUUGGCGUCACUAAAGCGACGCAUGCGGCGGUCUUUUUUCUACUUCCCGCAGCAGAACUCGAGUUGGUGAAGUUGUCUAUUUCCUUCUUAUUUUGUGAAAACGCUCACAAAAGCCAUGGAAGUAGCCACCGUACCACGCACGAGGCGUCUAUUGAAGGAUGAAGACAUGACCAAGAUCGAGUUUGAGACCAGCGAGGAGGUCGAUGUUACUCCUACCUUCGACACAAUGGGCCUACGAGAGGAUCUCCUCCGUGGGAUCUACGCAUACGGUUUCGAGAAGCCUUCCGCAAUCCAACAAAGAGCAAUUAAACAGAUCAUCAAGGGUAGAGAUGUCAUUGCACAGUCUCAGUCAGGAACAGGAAAGACUGCCACGUUUUGCGUAUCAGUGCUGCAGUGUCUUGACAUUCAGGUGCGUGAAACCCAAGCACUGAUCCUGGCUCCCACCAGAGAGUUGGCUGGACAGAUACAGAAGGUGCUCCUAGCCCUCGGUGACUACAUGAACGUCCAGUGUCAUUCCUGCAUCGGUGGGACAAACGUGGGUGAGGACAUCCGCAAACUGGACUAUGGCCAGCACGUAGUAGCAGGGACCCCUGGGAGAGUGUUUGAUAUGAUCCGCAGGAGGAGUUUGAGGACGCGUGCCAUCAAGAUGCUGGUGCUGGACGAAGCAGACGAAAUGCUCAACAAGGGUUUCAAAGAGCAGAUCUACGACGUGUACCGGUACCUGCCCCCCGCCACCCAGGUGUGUCUGAUCAGCGCCACCCUGCCCCACGAGAUCCUGGAGAUGACCAACAAGUUCAUGACCGACCCCAUCCGCAUCCUGGUCAAACGUGAUGAGUUGACUCUGGAGGGCAUCAAGCAGUUCUUUGUGGCAGUAGAGAGGGAGGAGUGGAAGUUUGACACCCUGUGUGACCUGUAUGACACCCUCACCAUCACGCAGGCUGUCAUCUUCUGCAACACCAAGCGGAAGGUUGACUGGCUGACUGAGAAGAUGAGGGAGGCCAACUUCACCGUCUCCUCCAUGCAUGGAGACAUGCCCCAGAAGGAGAGGGAGUCCAUCAUGAAAGAGUUCCGGUCCGGUGCCAGCCGAGUGCUUAUCUCAACUGAUGUGUGGGCCCGAGGUCUGGAUGUGCCCCAGGUGUCCCUCAUCAUCAACUAUGACCUGCCCAACAACAGAGAGCUGUACAUCCACAGGAUUGGCCGAUCGGGACGUUAUGGCCGCAAGGGUGUGGCCAUCAACUUUGUGAAGAACGACGACAUCCGUAUUCUCCGUGACAUUGAGCAGUACUAUUCCACACAGAUCGAUGAAAUGCCAAUGAACGUGGCUGACCUGAUCUAAGUUGGUGGUGACGGAAGUGGAGAGACCGCUUUGAUUACACUUUGGACCCCUUUUAUUUACUGUUGGAAUUCUUGUCUCAUUUGUUGUUUUUUUUUAAUAGUAGCUUUGGAACAACCUUUACUAUUGUAUUCUUAGGGAAAUGCCUACUGCAACCUUCCAGUUGUUUUGUAAAUAAAGAACAUUUUGUUUCCCAUUUGAA